AUGUCGAGCCCCAACUACCCCGAGCAACCCUACGACCCCAACGCGACUGCGCAGGCUCCGAUCUCUCCCCCUGGCAAUAACACUACCACCAACGACGCCAAGCUCCACGCCCAGGAGAAGGCUCAACAGGCACAGCAACAGGCCCAAGAAAAGGCUCAAAUGGCUCAGGAGAAGGCUCGUCAACUUAGCAAUCAGAUGGCCAAUCACCCUGCUGUCCAGCAAGCCCAGGCUUCUGCUGCCGAAUACCAUGCUCGUGCCGACAAGGCUCUCUCUCAAUAUCCUGCCAUGAAUAAACUCGAACAGCGCACUGGUGUUCCCAAGACCUACCUCGCUGCUGGGGGUGUGGGCUUGAUGUUUCUGCUCAUCAGCGUCAAUGCACUCGCUGCCCCGGCUAGCAACCUCGUCGGCUGGGGUCUCCCAGCCUAUAUGAGCAUGAGGGCCAUCGAAACACCAUCGGGUCGUGAUGAUGUUCAGUGGCUCACUUACUGGGUCAUCUUUGGUUUCUUGACCUAUCUUGAAUCGUUCGCUCUUCGCAUUGUCUUGUACUACGUUCCGUGGUACUUUGCUCUCAAGACCGUCUUCGUUCUGUGGCUCCAGCUCCCCCAGUUCAAGGGUGCUGCUACCAUGUACCACGCCGCCAUCCGUCCUUCGAUGGAUCGGGCCCGUCUCCAAGCUACUUCCCCUACUACUCGCUAUCCCGCUACCACCAGCACUCAGAACGCCCCCGCCGGCUACAACGUCGGCGCUGAGCGCGUCUACUAA